UAAAAGAAGAUUUAACUUCCUUCCUUCUUGCCUGCGAGAAAAGGUUCACUCUGCUGCACUUCCCAUUACCCCUAAACCCUCCCACUUUCUCUCCCUCCCACCUUUUUUUCACUCUACUUUUUCUAUUUCAAAAACCCCAUUCAAAAUUUAUCUUCUUUUUCUCUAUACUGGCUCUCCCAACUAUGCAAGCUUUUAGCUUGCUUAAGUAUUGGCGAGGCGGCGGCGACGGUACCAAUGCUUGUGUUAACACACGUUCCUCCGCCAGUUCUGGUUGCACAACGACCACGAUUGUCACUGCGGCCACUACUCAUCUGGCAGUGGAUACUGAAGACGACGACGAUGGACCUUUCUUUGACUUAGAAUUUUCAGUUCCUGAUGAGGAUGAAACAGAGGACAACGAAGAAGAUAAUGUUGAAGAUGAUAAAAGUGAGGUUGAUACCAAACCUGACGGGGGUUGCUCCGACGGUGAAAGUGAAACCGAGUUCGACUUUACAGUACCCGUUGAGUCGAACUCUUCUUUGGAGUCAAAGCCUCAACAAUGCACUGUCUCAUUGUUGAAAUCAGCUGCUAAGGUUCGUGUUUUUUUGUUGAGGUUGAAGAAGACGAAGCUUAACUCAAAUGAAAAAACAGAGCUGCCAAAAAAGCAAGUAGGAAGCGACAGUAAUAACAAGAAGUACAACAAGAACAGGUUUUUUACAGUGAAGUUCAAGGUUGAAGAGGUUCCUAUAAUGUCUCUGUUCUCCAAAGACAACGGUAAGUCUCAAAAACAGCAAAGCUCCGACGGUUCUGUUUCUGAUGAAAAGAGAUUCACCAAAGAUGUAAUGCAGCGAUACUUAAAGAAAGUCAAGCCACUUUACGUUAAGGUUUCGAGAAGGUACGGUGAGAAAUUAAAGUUUUCAGGGCAGUUAAACCCACCGUCUACGGUGGCUAAAGAACCAGUUGGAGAGAAUCAGGUGCACUUGAAGAGCAGCAAGCGUGUGAAUGUUCCAGCGGGACUUAGAGUGGUUUGUAAGCAUUUGGGAAGUAAUAGAUCAGCUUCCUCCGCCGUAGCGGCUGCUCCUCCUCCGUCGUCGGUGGUUUCGUCCAAGAGGAGCGAUGAUUCUCAGUUGCAGCAAGAGGACGGCGUUCAAAGCGCCAUCUUGCAUUGCAAAAGAUCCUUCAAUCGUUCUCCAGAUUCUUCCAUGUCAUCAAGCUAUAAUGAAAAAUCGGAGUAAUUUGAAGCAUGAAAAGGUGGAAAAAAUUCCCGUGUGUGUAAAGUAAAGGCAAGCUAGUUUAGUUUCUUUUGCAAUUCUCUCACUAUUUUGUACCUAAAGGGUUCCUGUUUCUGGGAAAGUGAGAAGAAUCAGAUCCUUUGUAUCUAUCUUUGAAAAGGAAAAAAAAAAGUAUGUUAUGCAAAUGCAGGCUCCAUUAUUAUCACCAAAUUUAAUUUGGGAUAAUGUUGUAAUUCAUGGUCAAAGAAAUAGGAAAGUGGGGAACCAAAGCAGGGAAGAAGGAACAGACAGCAAGCAAAUUAGAGUGGAGAGCAAUUUGGAAUUCCCACAAUUGUAGAUAUUAA